AUGGAGGGGUGUGUGUCUAACCUUAUGGUCUGCAACCUGGCCUACAAUGGGGAGAUGGAGGAGUUGAAGGAGAGGAUCUUGGCCGAUAAAUCCCUGGCUACUAAAACGGACCGGGACAACAGAACUGUAUUGCAUUGGGCAUGUUCAGCGGGACACACAGAAAUAGUUGAAUUCUUGCUACAGCUUGGAGUGCCAGUGAAUGAUAAAUAUGAUGUAGGUUGGACUCCUCUUCAUAUUGCUGCUUCUGCUGGCAGGGAUGAGAUUGUAAAAGCCCUUCUGGGAAAAGGUGCUCAAGUGAAUGCUGUCAAUCAGAAUGGCUGUACUCCACUGCACUAUGCAGCUUCCAAAAACAGGCACGAGAUUGCUGUCAUGUUGCUAGAAGGUGGGGCUAAUCCAGAUGCUAAGGACCAUUUUGAGGCAACAGCAAUGCACCGGGCAGCAGCCAAGGGUAACUUGAAGAUGAUUCAUAUCUUUCUGUACUACAAAGCAUCCACAAAUAUCCAAGACACUGAGGGUAACACUCCUCUACACUUAGCCUGUGAUGAGGAGAGAGUGGAAGAACUCUCCAGGCUCUGA